AUGGGUUUUAACCUGGAAAAGUCGACUUCCGUGAUGGCAAUAAGCAUAAUGUGUCGUUCAUAUUAUAAGCCGAUAUUGAAGCGAAAUUGUGAAGUUUAUAGCAGGUGGGGUUGGUCCGAGGCUGAUGUUCUCUCUGCUUUCAGGAGGCGCCCGGAGUGUAUUGCUCUGUCAGAGAAGAAAAUAAUGCAAACAAUGGAUCUUUUAGUGAACAAGAUGGGAUGGUCGUCAGAAAUAAUUCUCAAGUCCCCAUAUGUUUUGAAUUAUAGUUUGCAGAAGAGAAUCAUCCCGAGGUGUUCGGUUGUUAGAGUUUUGUUGUCAAAAGGAUUGAUAAAUACUGAAAAUCUGAGCUUAUAUUCUGUGUUUGGACCUGUGGAGAAGGAGUUCUUGGAGAGAUUUGUUGACAGUUAUCUGGGUGAAGUACCUCAGUUGUUGUGUGUAUACCAAGGAAAAGUGGAUAUCCAGGACAUAUGA